UGCUUAGACGCCCGGCACCUUGGCCGUAUUUCGCGGUUUUUUUUCUCCUCUGUGUUGGGGUCUGCAAUCGAGUGAAUUAUUCCGACAAUAGAAACGAUCGGAAAGGUUCAUUUUUCGCGCUCCAGUUCACCUCUAGAACGCUAUGAAUCAACUUGUGGUAAAUUUUCCUGCGCGGGAUGGUUUUUGAAUAUUAUUUAAAUUCGUAGCACAAGUGAAACUUCUUAAGAUCGCGAGUCGACGUUUUAUCUCUCAUAAUUUUAGGAAGUAAACCUCCGUGAUUAAUUCAAGAAUCGUUACUGACAUCCCCGCUUAUCGAUUAUUUUACAACACAGAUUGAUCACUAAACAAAGCUCUCUUUCAUCGUGUCUUUAGCGACAAAUCUAACCCUCGUGAAAUUGUAAACGAAAAAUAAAAUACUCGCUCCGUUAGUAAGCCAACAUGGCACUGUUAAAUAUGUGCAGUAUCGCGUUGUAUUUAACACUUUUAACCACCAUGUGCGUCGAAAACAUAUCAGCGACAUCGGAAACAAUGGAGCGAACGCUUCCGGCUUACGCCAUCGCGCUGAAAGGCAGCUUGCUAAAUUCCAGCUUGUGUCAUGAAGAACUGGAAAUCUUCAGGACAGCCGUUGAUCAACGCAAGCUAUGGGCGCUGAAAAUGCUGGACUCCAGCGGGGCGGCCAAACCAGGUUUCAUUUACGGCAAUAAUUAUUGGCUGGGAAGCAGAAGCCAGUGCGAAGAUGCGUCCAAUACGAAUCCGUUGAUCAUCGCGGACGAGGAACUUCGAAAUAACUCCAAGUACCGCGAUCCGGAACAGGAAUAUCCACCGUUUCCGCUAAACUACUUUGUCACACAUUUCCGCCACAACAGCACUCUUCAGUAUCACGUCAGAUUGCCAAACGAAGAUCUAAUCACGUUGGGACUGUGUCUGCCGGCGUCUUGUUCGUCGAAAGAGUUGAGUCUGAUUUUGAAGAAGAUAUUCCAAGAAAGAACGCUUCUGGCUGGAAAUCUGUACUCUGCCGAUUUCAAGUUGGCGGAAGUCAGAGAUCUCAAUGACGAUCAUCAAUGGCUGGUGGAUGGAAAAAUAAUUCUUGUUGCAAUACUUCUAGUCCUCACUAUUGGAAUGGUAAUUGUCGGAACAACUUACGAUGUUCUCGUCCGUCAAAAGCAGAUUCAGGCCCAAAAAAUAUCUUUGCAUAACAACAACGAGUGCUGCUACGUGAAAAAAACGGCGAACACGACAGAGUCUGCGGUUGUUCUUCCAGAAUUCAAACAGACUACCAUAGCAAAAUUUAUACUGUGCUUUUCGUGUUAUACCAACACAAAGAUCAUACUUGAUACAAAAUUGAGCUCUGAAGCCGUACCUGUGAUUCAUGGUCUUAGAUUUUUGGGAAUGAUGUGGAUUAUCAUGAUACACACGAUUUUUUACAUGGCUGAUUACGUCGAUAAUAAGCCGUGGGCAUGGCGGAAGGCUGAAGGAUUUGCAGUCCAGGUAAUAGGCAACUCAACUUUGUCAGUUGACACGUUCUUCUUCAUGAGUGGAUUUUUAGUCUCUUACUUGUAUUUGAACUCCAACAAAGGCAAGAAAGAGGAUAACAAGUCGGUCGAUUGUGUUGGCAAGGUAAAUGAGUUUGCCCUCACAGUUCUCAGAAGAUUCAUUAGGCUGACUCCAGCAUACAUGAUGGUAUUAGGUUUAUUACAAAUAAAUGCUGGUUGGUACGGAAAGACAUCACAAUUCUACAUGACGGAAAGACCGCAAGAAGUUUGCGACAAGUAUUGGUGGCGAAAUAUCCUGUACAUCAACAAUCUUUUCGGCAGAGAAGCAAUGUGCAUGACAUGGAGCUGGUACUUGUCGAAUGACAUGCAGUUUUUCAUCAUUGCAACGUUCACGUUGAUUUUAUCGUCAGUAUUUUUCUACACGGCAGUUGGCGUGCUGAUAUCUCUUCUGAUUUCCUCCACAGUUUUAACCGGAUACAUUUCAUAUAUUUACGGAUAUGUACCAACAAUGGACGCGCAGUUUAACAUGUUAGAAAUUUUAUAUGAUCCACCUUGGACGAGAAUCGGACCUCACAUAAUCGGAGUUGCGACGGCAUAUAUAUUGAUAAAAUUGAACAAGAAACUGGACGUGAAGAGGAGAAACAUCGUCCUGGGCUGGUGCCUUGGCAGUUCGUGCAACAUUUUAGUCCUCUUUGGUUUGUGGGAGAGACACAUUUCCGUCCUAACGUCAGCCUUUUACGUUGCCCUGAGCAGAACCGUAUGGGCCGUAGGGAUUGCAUGGCUUGUAAUAGCCUGCAGCACGAAUCAUGGCGGAAUCGUCAACAAAAUCCUUUCAUACAAGGGUUUUGUACCGCUGAGCAGGCUGACAUACUGCGCAUAUCUCUUAAAUCCAUUUCUCAUCAAUUCGGUGUAUCUUCAUGCAGAAACGCCGAUACACGUGGAUUUUCUGCCUAUCGCUACGCUGUUCUUCGGGAACUUCGUCAUCACGUACUUCUGUGCUUAUGCAUUGUCAUUGCUGUUUGAAACUCCCAUUGUGCUGUUGAUGAGAAUGCUAACCGCAUUUAUGAAGCAAAAAAGAUGAGACUCCUAUUGCUGUCUUGUUUUAUGUACAUUGUAUAAUUUAAUGUUAAAUAUUAUUAUUUUUACGAAAAUCUGUGAAUUUUUAGUCGGAUGCUGGAUU